CUUGGGGUGAGUCGCCGCCCUGCACUCAGUAAACAAACGCUCAGUGGAAUAUUGUCAGCCACCCGGCGGGGAACACUCGUCCUGACACUCCGCAGGGCGUCCCCAGGGGCGUGUGUGGCUCGCAGGGAGUAGCACGAGAGCAGCAGGUGACAAGUAGGCCAAGCCCCAUGAAGAAGGUCAGCCAGAAUGAUCACCAGCCACAGACAGAACAGCACACAUUCCACUCGGAAGAAGGUGCAGAUAUCCUUUGUGAUCCGCGAUGAGGUGGAGAAGUUUCACCGCUCGUCUGUCAACUCACUGCAGUAUGACCCACACCUGCAGCGGCUGUACUCCGCUGGCCGGGACUCCAUCAUCCGGAUAUGGAACUGCAAGAAUCAGCGGGAACCUUACAUCCAGUCCAUGGAGCACCAUACAGACUGGGUUAAUGACAUUGUGCUGUGCUGCGGUGGCAAGAACUUGAUAUCAGCCAGUGCAGAUACAACAGUCAAAGUAUGGAAUGCCCACAAGGGCUUCUGCAUGUCCACCCUGAGAACUCACAAGGACUAUGUGAGGGCACUGGCUUAUGCACGGGACCGGGAGCAGGUGGCCUCUGCUGGGCUAGACAAGGCCAUCUUCCUGUGGGAUGUGCAGACCCUCACAGCACUCACCGCCAGCAAUAACACUGUCACCACAUCAUCCCUGAAUGGCAAUAAGGACUCCAUCUACAGCCUGGCCAUGAACCCGCCCGGCACUGUCAUUGUCAGCGGCAGCACAGAGAAGCAGCUGAGGAUCUGGGACCCUCGCACUGGCAAUAAAAUCAUGAAACUGAAAGGCCACACAGACAAUGUCAAGGCUUUAAUUGUCAAUCGUGAUGGGACUCAAGUGAUCUCAGGCAGCUCUGAUGGAACUAUCAAGCUGUGGUCGCUGGGCCAGCAGUGCUGCACUAAGACCAUCAUGCUGCAUGAAGAGGGAGUCUGGGCACUUCAGGUAAAUGAGAAUUUCACAACUAUAUACUCUGGAGGGCGAGACAAGCUUAUCUACAAAUGUGAGACACGUGCGCCAGACAAAGGUGUGCUGCUGUGCCAGGAGUCGGCACCGGUACUCAAGAUGCUGCUCACCCCAGACAACUCGGCUCUCUACGUGGCCACCACCAACUCUGCCAUCAAGUGUUGGCCACUCAACAACAGACUGUCCCACGUGGAGGACUACUGUGACAACGAGGAGGUGAGGGAACUGCGGCCGGUGAUGACACAGCCAGACUGGACCAUCAAGGGUGGCCCGGCCAUCAAGACUUAUGUCGUCCUCAAUGAUAAGCGUCACGUCCUCACUCGAGACACUGAGGAGAAUGUGGCACUCUGGGACAUACUUAAGGCCACUAAAGUGGAGGAGUUGGGGAAGGUUGAUUUUGAGUCAGAGAAACAGAAGAGAAACAAAGCAAUCUUUGUGCCAAGCUGGUUCACUGUGGACCUCAAGACUGGGAUGCUGACCAUCCACCUGGCAGAGAAGAGGGAUGAGGUGGACUGCCUGUCAGCCUGGGUCUCAGCAAAGGAGGCAGACUUCCCCACUCAAGACGGCCUGGAUGUCAAGUUGAACUAUGGCGAGCUGCUUCUCAAGGCAUUGUUUGAACACUGGCCCCGCACCUACAUGUAUGACGAUAACGAGGGGGGUGAGGGGGCCGAGGCUGGACCUGUAGCCAACCAGAAUGGUUUUAGUCCAAAGUCUGGCAAUGAAUAUUUCUCCAUUCCUCAACACACACCCGUCAUCAUCAGUGAGAUCCAGGGCCGCACAUUGUACCGCCUGCUUUGUGGGGAUGCCGGUGGUGAUGCGGAGGGAGUGCUGCUCAAUGAGAUGGUGCCGCCAUGGGUGCUGGACAUUGUGGUAGAGAAGACUUCCCCAAAGCCCAAAAAUAAGGUGUACUUCUUCCUUCUGCCACAUGCCUCCUCCGGGAUCAAGCGUGAGAAGAAGGACCGACUGAGUGCAAAUGACUUCAUUCAGAUCCGCAAGGUGCAGGAGCACGUGUAUGAAAAGGUGCUGGGUGGAGGCAGCGACACCGGUUCCACCACCAACAACAACAACGACCGUGGUGGUGAUGACAAAGCAGAAACAACUUCACUAGCAGAGGAGCGGGUCCAGCUCCUCUGCAAUGACAAGGUACUGGACCCAAACAUGGACCUCCGGACUGUUCAGCACUUCAUCUGGGGCAACACCUCCCAGGACAUAGUGUUGUUUUACCGACCAAUCAAGUGAGAGCGACCACGCUGUGUUGGGCUGCCAUUCUUCUUCCUGCGCUGUGAGCCGGAGUGAACUGGUUGCUGAUUAUUUUGGCCAUGAAAAAUAUUGUUAUAUAUUAUUGUAUAAAUGGAAGGGUUUUUUUUUCUUCUAGGAUUAAUGUAACAUUGAGGUAUUCACUUGCCAAAUCUCUUAAAUCAGAAUCAUAUGUUGAGGUCAUUGUCACUGUAUAGAUACAUUUUCAUCAUUCUGUAUUUUCAUAUUCCCAUUUUUGUAUGUAUGGUCCUCUUAGGCCUUGGUUGCUGAUAUAACCAUCACUCUCCUCUCUUUCUUGUCAUCAUACCAAAGCUCUCUCUCUGACAUUUUCUUUGUGUCAACUCUCAGCAACACUGAUCCAGUCUCAGCCACUGCUCCACUGACACCGUUUGGAAUCUGUGUACGCUUGUUCCUUCCAUGUUGUAUUGUUGUUUUGAUUAGUGUGUGCACCUUUGAGGAGGACCAUUGUGGUGGAGGAUUUGGUUCUCACUUGUUAUUUUCGUGACUGUUUCAACCAGACCUUUAAGGGAACCUCAGGAAAGAUGUAACUGGUGUAAGGUCUUGAAUAUUUAUAUUUAAUAAGACUUAUUUUGACAGGUAGUAUAGAAGACUGUGUCCAACACAGACGAGGACGUUGUGGCCCACUGUAUAUCAAAGUCUUUCAAAUAACAAACUUUGGCCAUUUGUUUAUUAUAUUUCUUGUUUACUAUUGACACACCUGCUCUGGUUUUCCAUAGUGAGCUAUGCAGUUCUCUUCUUUAUAUGGAAAACCAGUUACUUAGCAUUUUCUUUACAGUGUAUCAGUAUGUUGUGGUUUAUUAUCUUGGACUCUGACAAUCUUUCAUUUAUAAAAACAAAAUUAGAUAGUAUGCAAGAAAUUUCCUGUAAAUAUAUUUUUGAUGCAUAGACCAAUGAGUGGCUGGUGUGUGAGGCGCCCACAGAUCUGCUGCCUCGCCAGCCUGCCGCUGCCACGCCAGACAAGCUUGGCUUCCUGCAUUUCAAAUACUAUAACAUAACAUUUUCUCAAAUAUCAUUUUACUUAUUUUUUGAGUUGGACAGUAAUAUUAUGCAUAAUUUAUUCAGUACUUUCAUCUCUGUAUGAAACUGAAUUGAUUCAUAAAUGUGCAAUUAUUGCAAGUAAUUUUUAUAUAUUUAGAGGUGCAAUUUAGCAUGUCUGAAUAAUAUUCCCACAGCUAGUAGCACACCAUAAGGUGUUUAUUGUCUCAGAACUUUAUAGAAAAUGUUCCAAGGUUAAACUGGCCUAAUUCUUGUGAGGCUACAUUGGUUACACUUUGUGUGUAUUGCAGGAAAUUUCAGUUUUUUCCUUUUUUGGGUUUAUUUUGUGGUCAGUGAGUGACAAGCCAAUGUUAAGAAGCUAUGAGUCAUGAAGAAGGAAAGAUGAUGUGCAUUGAGUGAGUGAAGCACAACUGCAGUGUGUUGUUAAAAGAUGUGGCCAGCCACCAGAUGGGGCCCUGGGGCAUCAGGGUAGACAACAUGUUGCCAGAAGAAUAAGUGUAUAGCAGCAAAACAAGAGUUUGAGGUGUAUUGCCAUUUUCACCUUGGUGUGCUGCAGCUAAGUUGGUCUCCUGGGUGGGAACCUCUUUCCUAAGCUUUGUGCAUUUCAUCGUGAACUGGCUGUUGAAGGAAGGGCAAAAGGCCUGGACAGAGGGCACAGUGGGGCAGUGUGUACCCAUAUGCCACAUGUAAGGUGGAGAAUAUCACUGGAACACUUGUGAUUCAGGUGAAGGAUGUUUUUAUAAAUGAUAUUACUUGCUGAACAAUAGAAAGAGUGUGUGAUAUCAGUUAUGUGCAUGUGAAUAUUCAAUAUUUUUGUUCAAUAACAGCCAGUGCAGUUUUGCAGUCAUAUAUUUUUACAUCAUCCGUGAUGUUUGUCAAAUUCAUAACUGUACCUUAUAUUUAGUUCAUAGAAAAGUGUACAUAUAGAAGGUAAUUAGAAAUGUGAAAUUUUCCAGUGUGUAUGCAUUAUGUAACUCAUUUUCUUACUUUUAAUGUUUUGCUUCAGGUAUGUAUUUGAUUUUUAUUAUAUUAUGUCCUUAUC